CACCGGGCCUCAAAAGCAAGCAGGACUAGCAACAAAACAACAGAAGGCACCGAGCAAGAGAAUCGAGCAACAAAUCUGACGCAAAUAUGGGCGGUCCAAAGGUCCUCCUCCACUUCCUCCUGGUGCUUGCCGUGCUUAAACACUACGGCUGCCAUCUUGGCGGUCUGGGGCCCCCCUCCUGUCCGGCUCAGUGUGAAUGCAGCCCCUCCACCUGGAGCACCGGGGUGUCCUGUACCCAGGGAAACCUCUCUCAAUUCCCCGUAGACGGACUGCCCAACAGCACCACCAGACUGUCCAUCCAGUCCACCAACCUCAGUGCCAUCACCGCUGAGGACCUGCGCGCCGCCCCAGGCCUGGUCUACCUUCAGCUGUACCACAGCAACCUGGAGACGCUGCCAGCCCACCUCCUCCAGGGCCUCCCUCACCUGACCACGCUGGACCUCACAGGGAACCGGCUCGCCUACCUGCAGCCCAACGCCCUUCACCACGCCCCGCUCCGCAACGUCAUCCUCAAGAACAACCUGAUCCACGCGGCCCAUCCCGACUGGUUUCCCCCCAACAGCAGCGUGACCUUCUUGGACCUCUCAGGCAACCGCCUGACGGAGGUCAAUUCAUCCCUUUUUCGGAACCUGCCCGCCCUGAGGAACCUGGACCUCAGUGAUAACAAUCUACGAGGACUGGGGGCGGAAGCGCUGAGGCCUCUGCACCGACUGGUGUCGCUCAACCUCGUCGGUAAUAAAAUAAGCAGCCUCACGGCCGCCACUUUUGCCAGCACCCCUCAACUCACGCGACUGUACCUCCAGCAGAACCUGUUGCAGGAGCUCGACCCAGAUCUGUUCCAGAGCCUCCAACGUCUGGAGCUCCUGUUGCUCGAUCAGAACCGCCUGCAGAGCCUUCCCUUCGGCCUGCUGGGGAACUUGUCUUCCCCUGAGGAGAAGUGGGGUAGGCUGGUGAAGGUGUUCCUCACGGGGAACCCCUGGGUGUGUGAUGAGGGCCUAGAGUACCUGUGGAGGUGGGUCACCACCUUCCCCCAGAAGGUUGGCUUUGCGUCGGACAUGCAGUGCGCUUUCCCCAAGGCUUUGGAGAAUAGAACAAUCGUGUCUAUCAAAGAGGAAGAGCUGGGGCUUGGCUUGAAUGUUACUCAUAAUCUCUGAAGUCUAACCAAUUCGGUUUUUCAUGAAAUUACUUAAAUGUGAAUUAAAGUAUUAUUUUGUGCCCAAUAGUGAUGGCCAAGCAGUAUUUCACCUGUUGUUUCUUACUGGAUAGACGGAAUGCUAACGCAUUACAUAGUGUUGCUUUGUUCUUGCCCUAUAGCGGUUUUAAUGAGGCUGCCCUGUUUUAACGAUGCUGUGGGAGUUUGUGUGUGGGCAGUAAAGAGCUGAACCUUUCCCUGCUGAAGUCACUUGUGCACGUUUACAUCACUAUCAUGGUGUCUGUUGCUCGGUCGCUACGCUACGCUCUCCCUUUCUCAUUGACGUAGUCUGGGUCUACUGUGCUCCAGCAGCCUCUGCGCUCAAAAAGCCUUGCUCACUUUGAGUGCAACAUAUAUAUAUAUAUCGGAUAUGGACGACUGUUAUAAAUAUGUAAAACACCUGAUUCAGUGCCUGUUACUUAAUUAAACCCUGUUGCUCCUCAGUGAGCAACGCUACUCUUGUGGACGUUUCUUUUGAGGCUCUCGGGAGGGUUCGAUCAUCAUCUCAGGUUAAAUGAUGGAAUAAUGCACUGAUGACAGCAUUAGUAGAGGACUUAUUUAAUUCCUUAUGUAAAUAAAUAAUACAUUGAUAUUUUGAUGUAAAAGAAUGGGCUUUAUCCAGCUAUAUCAUGUGAGCAAGGUAGGCUACAUUACCUACACUUGAAUGAACGCAUUGAGGAACAGCGUAUUUAAUUUAAAUGCAUUUAUUUUCUCAACAUACUGCCAUACAACUAUAGACCAUAUGCCUUUGGCAAAGUAUGAUUAAAAAAAGGGAAAGAAAUUACAACAAAUGUAGCUCCACGUGGAACUGAAAGGUGUGAUGUUUGUCUGCAUGAGAUUUGUGGCAUUAUUGACCUUGAUAUUGAGUUUAAAUAAAUCAUACCUCUAACAAACUGUUUUCUCCCCUUUUUCAC